AUGGGGAGUGCGUCCUCGUCUUCCGCGAAGAAUGGAAAGAACAUCGAUGGCGCAGACAGCACCAUCCCUGCCAGCCUCCUCCCUCCACUGAACUGGGAAGCCCUAUCUUCGGAUACAGUUUCGCGUUCACAAGUACUUCGACCAUCAGCACUGGAUUUGCAUUACUACCCUCUAGACGGACGCCCUGAGCACGGUCAGUUCAUAAACCACCUGCAAUUAAAGAUACAUUAUUACAUAUGGUAUCCUCCGUGCAACAGCAGCAGACUCCGCAGCAGCUGUUGCUGCCACAAGACCAGCAGUAGCAAUGUGAAAAGUGUGUGCAAGCGCGCUGGCGAGUCUCUCUUUGCCUCAUGCGAAGACCAACAACAGCAGCAGAAACAUGGCGAGCUGUGCGAUCAGUGCAAAAGAGAAAGCGUGAAACAGAGCUGCGGCAUCGUGGUGCUACUGCAUGGCUAUCAGUCGCAUGCACGAUUUUCCUGGCUUCGUCGGUGGGGAGCUCCACCCCCCGUAAAGAGAGACCCCAGAAUUCAUGGAUAUGUGUUGCAUGAGGAUUUGUCUCUCCUUCUUGCAGCAAACAAGGCGCAGGAUACUGUGCCUGCGCUCGGGAGCUCUCUCGCUGCCACCACAGUCGCAUCGGCAACAGCCGCACAGCCAGCAAGUGAAAAAGACGAUUCUUUAGAGGCAUGUGGCAGUUGCGCAGGCUGCUUGGGCGACCCUCAGUACAGAGGGAGCUUUGUGGAGCAUUUGAAUCGUCUAGGCUUCGUCGUGGCAGCGGCAGACUUGGAAAGCCAAGGUUUAUCCGAGGGCUGGGGGGGUUGUAGGGGGGGUUUUCGAGAGGCGGAGGAUCUGGCGUUGGAUGCGAUGCAGCUGCUCCACGUGCUGCGGCGGAGGAUGCACGCUGUUCUUCAGGAGGAUGAGGGGAUAUGUGGCAAGCCGAAUGCGGAGGCAGGCGGGGAGCUAGGAGCUGAGGGCAAGACGCAGGAGGGGGGAACGGCAGAGGGCGAGAAGGCACUCGAGGCAGGGAAUACUAGCACAGAGGAUGCCAUUUUAGGCAAUACUGAGUUGCCGGUAUUUCUAAUAGGCUCUUCCUUGGGUGGUUGGACUGCUGCUCGGUGUGUAGAGCUGUUCAGAGAUAGUGCAGCCAUAAGGCGAGCGCUGCCCGCCGUUGCUUCUGCAGCAGCAGCGCGAGAAGGGGAGCAGCAGUCACCAGAGCCUCUGGAAUGGGCAGCAGCUGCUCCUUGCUUGCGCAUUCAAGGGUUGGUGCUGCUGUCUGCCAUGUUUGAUGUCGCCAUGGCGAAGGCUGCCGCCAUGUGGCGGUACACUCGCCCCUUCGUGCAGCAGCUGGCGGUAUGGGCCCCUCACGUUCACAUCAGCAAGGGAACCCACACGACAAAAUUCAAGACUGAAACAGAGCACCGACAAAGGGAUACUCUGUAUAUUCAAGAAGGGACAAGAGCGCGGACUGCCUGUGAAAUCUUGCAGAAGGCGGAGGUGCCUGUACACCCGGAUGAAACGGCUAAGAUCAAGGAAAGUAGUUGUCGCGCCCUUUUGGUAGUUCACAACACCCUAGACGAGCAGUGUGGCAUAGAGGGAGCUCUCACCUUUUUCAAAGGCGUGCAGCUUCAAGACAAGACGCUGCUUGCAAUCAACGCGAUACCCCCUGAGCGAGAGCCGGGAGAGGAGCAGCAACAAGGAGGGCUGCUCCAAGGAAAAGGCGAUACGCAAGAGCAUGACGGAAUCGCCCGAGGGAGCCAUUUCGAGCCGUUGCACUUCGACAAACGCGUUUCUCCCGAGCUUCAGAGAGAGCUGCAAGCCUGUGCCGACUGCUCGCUCAACGGAUUGGAUGUACACCACAGCAUCGCCAGUGAAAGCGACGGCGAUGUUGUGCUGGAAAAAAUUGCACAAUGGCUGCAACAGCGCGCCAUCGGAGCAGCUAACUCGGCCGCUAGUUAG